AUGGGGACAUCGCUACACGCCACCACCGCCUACAACCCGGCGGCUAACGGCAUGGUGGAGAGGGUCCACCGAUCGCUCAAGGCUUCCCUAAUGGCACGCUGCACCGGCGAGGAUUGGAAGAGCCAACUAUCGUGGGUCCUCCUCGGCUUUGGACCGCCCCUCGGGCGAACGCUGAAGCAUCACCUGCGGAGAAGAACCAAACGCUUCCUCCUGAAGGCCCUAUCGUCCUGCAAACACGUCUUCAUCAGGGACGACGCCUGCCGCCCGCCACUAACGAGACCCUACCGAGGCCCCUUCCGUGUCAUCCGACGCACCGACAAGGCAUACUUCAUAUCCAUAAAUGGUUGUGAGGACUGGGUCACGAUCGACCGACUGAAACCAGCUUUCCUUAUGGACGAAGAGUACGCCAAUGCGGAUCCCAUAGGGCGCCUCACUCUUCUUCGGAAAGAAGCGACUCCAUUGAUCGCCAAACCACCCAGUCGUAGCUGCGGCCGCCCUCGGAAGACGGUCGAACCUCCCGAGGGUCACCUCAGGGGAGGCAUCCCGUCCCCUAAAAUCCCCGAGGACUCCGAGGCCGAGGAUCUACCACAGCAGCUGGUUUCGCGCACCCGAGGCCGCCUCCGCCGGCCCGCUCGCUUCUGCGAGUAG